GCCUCAGGAAGCCACUCCACUCCUGCCAGGAUGGACCCACACUCGGGAGUUAGUUGGACCGUUGUCAUCCUCACAUGCCAGUACAAGGACAGCGUCCAGCUCUUCCAGAGAGAGCUGGAAGUGCGACAGAAACGGGAGCAGAUCCCUGCUGCUACACUGGUGCUGGCCGUGGAGGACCCGGAAACUCCUGUGGGCAGCGGAGGUGCCACCCUCAAUGCUUUACUGGUGGCAGCCGAGCACCUGAGUGCCCGAGCUGGCUUCACGGUGGUCACCUCGGAUGUCCUGCACACUGCCCGAAUCCUCAUCCUGCACACGGGCCGAGACUUCCUCUUCGAUGACUGUGGCCGGGCCUUCACCUGCCUCCCCUUGGAGGAACCUCAGGCGCCUGUGGAAGCUGUGAUCUGCAACCUGGAUUGCCUGCUAGACAUCAUGAGCCACCGGCUGGGUCCAGGCUCCCCGCCAGGUGUGUGGGUCUGCAGUACUGACAUGCUGCUGAUGAUACCUCCAAACCCAGGCAUUAGCUGGGAUGGCUUCCAAGGAGCACGAGUGAUCGCCCUUCCUGGGAUCCCAGCCUAUGCCCGGAACCACGGGGUCUACCUCACCGACACCCAGGGCUUUGUUUUGAACAUUUACUAUCAAGGCUCCGAGGUAGAGAUACAAAGCUGUGCCCAGUCCGACGGGCAGGUGCCACUGGUCUCAGGCAUCGUCUUCUUCUCGGUGGAGACAGCUGAGCACCUCCUGGCCACCCAUGUGAGCCCACCCCUGGAUGGUUGCACCUACAUGGGCUUGGACUCAGGAGCCCAGCCGAUCCAGCUGUGUCUCUUCUUCGACAUCCUGCUCUGCAUGGCCCGAGAUGUGAGUCUGCAGGACUUCUUGUCAAGGCAUUCCAAGGACACAGGGAGUGAGAGCUCUCUGCGGGCUGCCCGGACCUUGCUGUGGAGGGAGCUCCGAGAUCAGCCCCUCACCAUGGUCUAUAUCCCAGCCGGUUCCUACCGCUACCUGACAAAUUCAGCCAGUGACUUCCUGCUUGCGCUCACGUACCCGGGGGCACCCACUGCACAGGUGGUGCACUCGCAGGUGGAGGAGCCGCAGCUCCUGGCACCGGGGAGCUCCGUGCUUAGCUGCCUGCUGGAAGGCCCUGUCCACUUGGGUCCUGGGAGCGUCCUGCAGCAGUGCCACCUGAGGGGCCCCAUUCACAUAGGUGCAGGCUGCUUAGCCAGUGGCCUGGAUGUGGCCCAGUCUGAGGCUCUGCAAGGUUGGGAGCUUCAGGAUCUGGUCCUGCGGGGCCACCACGUGAAGCUGCAGGACACGCCUAGCCAGGUCUUCACCCUCGUGGGCUGUCUGGACAGCUGGGAGAGAAAUAGUACAGGCACCUACCUUAAUAUGCCCUGGAGUGAGUUCUUCAGCAGGACUGGUGUGCGGGAGCAGGACCUGUGGGACCCCAGCACGCCCCCCACAGAGCGUUUCCUCCUCAAUGCCCACCUCUUCCCAGUGCACCACCCCUCCCAGGCCCUGGGACCCUGUGCUAUGUUGUGGAUGCUGAAACCCCAGGAGGAUGGUGGCAAGGCCCUGCAGACCUGGCGGGCCGCUCAGCGCCUGUCCUGGGAGAAGCUGCAGCUGUGCCUGGACCGCAAGGCCACCCUUGCCUCCCGCCGGGCCCUAUUCUUCCGCCAGGCCCUGCAGAAGGCCCGGCUCAUGCUGGAGAUGAGGCAGGACCGCAGCUUGUGCCCGCUAAUCCGGGCCGCUGUUGGUGAGGGCUGCCCUGGGUCCCUGCUGGCCAUGCUGGACCAGGUUGCAGCCGAUGUGGGGGAUCCUGGUGUGGCAGCCCGGGCUCUGGCCUGUGUGGCUGAUGUGCUGGGCUGCAUGGCUGAGGGCCGAGGGGGCUUACGAAGUGGGCCGGCUGCCAACCCGGAGUGGCUUCGGGCCUUCAAGAUCCUGGAGAGUGGAGACCGGGCACAAGGCGUGGCAGCUCUGGCCCGGGAGCGGGACAAGUGGCUGAGCAGGCCAGCCCUGCUCGUGCGAGCCGCCCGCCACUAUGAGGGGGCCGGGCAGGUUCUGAUCCGCCAGGCAGUGAUGUCGGCCCAGCACUUCAUCACCACGGAGCCAGUAGAGAUGCCAGCCUUUGGACAGUGGGUGGUGGCUGAGUGCCCAGCCCGUGUGGAUUUCUCUGGGGGUUGGAGCGAUACGCCACCCCUGGCCUAUGAGCUGGGGGGUGCAGUGCUGGGUCUAGCAGUGCGUGUAGACGGUCGCCGACCCAUGGGUGCCCGAGCCCGGCGCAUCGCAGAACCUGAACUGCGGCUGGCAGUGGAGCCUCGGAAGGAAGAGAUGACCCUGCAGAUCGUAUGCCAGAGCUUGGAGGACCUGCGGGAUCACUGCCAGCCCCACGCCCCAGGGGCCCUGCUGAAGGCGGCCUUCGUGUGUGCUGGUAUCGUGAACCUAUCUGCCUCACUCCCACUGAGGGACCAGCUGUUGCAAGACUUCAGGGGUGGCUUCGAGCUGCACACCUGGUCCGAGCUGCCUCAUGGCUCUGGCCUUGGCACCAGCAGCAUUCUGGCAGGUGCAGCCCUGGCUGCCCUGCAGCGAACAGCAGGCCGGGCUGUGGACACUGUGUCCCUGAUCCACGCAGUGCUGCACCUGGAGCAGGUGCUCACCACAGGAGGUGGCUGGCAAGACCAAGUGGGCGGCCUGAUGCCUGGCAUCAAGGUGGGCCGCUCCCAGGCCCAGCUGCCAUUGAAGGUGGAGGUGGAAGAGCUCAUGGUGCCCGCGGGCUUCAUCCAGACACUCAAUGACCACCUGCUCCUGGUGUACACGGGCAAGACCCGCCUGGCACGGAACCUGCUGCAGGAUGUGCUGAGGAGAUGGUACGCCCGGCUGCCCACCAUUGUCCAGAACGCCCAUAGCUUAGUGCAGCAGACACAGCAGUGUGCUGAAGCCUUCCACCAAGGAAGUCUGCAGCUGCUGGGCCAGUGCCUGACCUCAUAUUGGGAACAGAAGAAGAUAAUGGCUCCCGGCUGUGAGCCCCUGGCUGUACGGCGACUCAUGGACGUCCUGGCUCCUCAUGUGCAUGGCCAGAGCCUGGCGGGGGCCGGUGGUGGUGGCUUCCUUUACCUGCUGACCAAGGAGCCUCGGCAGAAGGAGGCUUUGGAGGCUGUGCUGGCCGCAACCGAGGGUCUGGGGAACUACAGCAUCCACCUGGUGGAGGUGGACACUCAGGGACUGAGCCUGCAGCUGCUAGGGAGUGAGGAGUCACCCUGACACACCUUUCUGCUGGGCUAGUGACCUGCCUGGGAGCUGCCAGAGCUACACUGCCCCUUGCUUCCUUGGGAAGCCCACCUGAGUGUGACAUGUCCCUGUGGGAAGUGCUGGGGACAAGACUGCAACAGUGACUGGUAGUGACCACAACCUGGCCUUGACAACGGAUUGAAUGUGGAAGAUUUCUUUAAUGCUUGGAUUUGGGGACCACUUUUGGCCGUGCUCGGGGGUAAUCCUACAUGGAGUUUGGGAGUGAACCAGGGUUGGCCACCUAAGAGGCAAAUGCCCUCCCGUUGUGCUCUCUGGACUCAAGUGCAGGCAGGUCUUGGCAUGUAAAGGUAACACGUACCUUUACAGUGUAGGCCCAGACCUCAGCUUCCACGAAGGGCCAGAAGAUAGGGUGUUCGGUGGUCGGGGUCCCUCUGAUGUGAUCCCACACAGGCCCAUGGUGACACUUCCUCUGCCCCGAAUCCAGACUUGUCUGAAGGCAGGGGAGAGUACAGUGAUCUGGAACCAUUCUCAGAUGUGUUGCUGCCAUCCUAGACCUGACCAGCUAUGCAGCCAGGUGACCCCUGUCUGUGGGCAGUGGCUUCUUGGGACUGUGAUACUUUUCCCAUGUCACACCUGGAGAUGCUAAGGGCUUACUCCUGGCCCUGAGCUCAGGAAUCACUCCUGGUAGGGCUUAGGAUAUAGGAUGCUGAGGAUCAAGCAUGUGAGGCUGCAAGUGCCCCUCUCUGCUUUAUUAUUAUCAUUCCAGCCCCAGGAGACCUGUGACCUUGAAAUAAAUUCACUCCAUCCUUCAGGGA